AUGCCAGAAGCCGGCUGCAGCUGUGAGCCAUUUUCAGCACGCUGCGAAUGCCGUAACCAGGGCCUCAUCGACAUCCCUAAGAACCUCCCAAGAUCCACGGACAAGUUAUAUUUAGGAGAAAAGUUGUUCUUGGCUCAAAACAAAAUAAAACUAAUUGCAAUCGGUCAAUUUGCAAGUAUACCUCGGACCCGAGAGUUGGACUUAGCAUACAACCGUAUAAAAGUGAUUCAGCCUGGUACAUUUGCAAACCUACCCCUGCUACAACGAUUGUACAUUUCCAACAACCAGAUAACAAUGAUUCAGCCUGGUGCAUUUGCAUAUCCGACAAAGCUCCUCAUUUUGGACCUGAGGUCAAACAAGAUGUCUGCACGUCCCCCUUUAGAUGGCUUGUUCACAUCUAUUCCUGUCGUAAAACUUGACGGUAACCCUUGGCUGUGUGACUGUAGGAUGGUUCCUUUCAGGCUAAAAUUUCCUUCGUUUAAAGACCAGAUAAUCUGUGCCCAACCCGCCAAAUUCCGGGGACAAAAGCUUACAGAUGUCAAUCCUAAAGAACUGAUUUGUGAAGAACCGAACAUGGCCACUCUGCCUCUUAGCAUCCAAGUAAGCUCUAACAAUUGUUGCAAUGUCACAACAGCUCGAUCAAAGGUAGGUCCUGCAGGCAAAAUAAGAGUGGUGAUAACUACACCCCUUGGAACAACUCCAGAUAAACCAAAAAGCAGCAGUUCCCAUGUCAAUACCCAGGUAACCCCUAACGACCGUCAUAAUGGUGCAACAAUGCGCUCAACAGUAGGACAUGUAGAAAACACAAGUGCAGCACUCAUUGCAACCACUUCAGAGAAACCAGAAAGCAACUUCAGUACCCAUUUUGACACCCAAGUAACAUCUAAGAACUGUUACAAUGUAACAGCAAUGCGCUCAACAGUAGGUUGUAUGGGAAAAACAAGUCCAUCAAUGCCCUCAACCACUUUGGACAAGCCAAAAAGCAAGUUAAUUUCUAAUGAAUCUGCUCCCAGUGUCUCCCUUCCUGUUCUCAUUGCCUCUGUCUGUGGUUCGGUAGCUGCCACGCUAGUCGUUGUUGCGAUUGUUGGCGCAAUCUGGCGCAAAUGGAGGACCGAGAAUCCUCUGGCAUACGCUUCUUCAGACCCAACUUCCAACAUUGCCUUGAGUAACACUAACGCCACAGCUACUGUCAUGACAAGAGGUCAUAAUCAGACAGCACAGGGCCAGUUUGGUACCAAACAUCUACCGCACAUUAGAGGUGUCUCGCAGACUCACUACUAUGUAGAUGCGGACACACCACCAAACCCCUCCAAACAUGAAAGUACAGGUACAGGGAAGCCAAUCAAAGCCGUGUCCUUCGCUCCACCCAGAAAGUUCCAUCCUGAAAAUGGCCCUCACUGCCCCUCCCCUACCCCUCAUGAUGAUAAUGUGGGGCCAGGUGCCCUAUACAUAAAGCCAGAAGAUGUCCUGUACGAGAUGCCGGCAAAUAGCAGUAGUGCUCCACCCAGAAAGCCACUUCCUGAAAAGGGCCCUCACUGCCCCUCCCCUCCGCGUCAUGAUGAUAAUGUGGGGCCAGGUGCCCUAUACAUGAAGCCAGAAGAUGUCCUGUACGAGAUGCCGGCAAACAGUCGUUGGGCUCCACCCAGAAAGUCUCCUCCUGAAAAUGGCCCUCACUGCCCCUCCCCUCCCCGUCAUGAUGAUAAUGUGGGGCCAGACGGUGGCCUAUACAUGAAAACAGAAGAUGUCCUGUACGAGAUGCCGGCAAAUAGUCGUUGAAAUUGUUAUUGUUAUUGGUUAUUGUUAUUGGGUGGGCCGACUACUCUCUCUUCGCAGCCAGAUGAUAAUGAUUCAACAGAAUUUUGAGCUUACAAUAGGCGGGGCUAA